CUCUUUAUUGGUAGGUGUUACUAUUUCAGGGACUAUCUGCUUUAACCAAAGUGUCUGUUAACUUUGGAGUUUUAGUAAAGUUAAGGUGAACUAAUUUUUGCCUGACAGCUACAGUAAUAAUGGCUGACUGUGGAGGGCUGUCCGAGGUGAAAGAGGCCACUGCUGAGGUGCAGAAAAUCUGUGAUGAGAUGAAGCCUUACGCAGAGCAAAAAACAGGAAGAACAUUUGAUGUCUUCACUGCUAAAUCCUACAAGACACAGGUGGUUGCUGGGUUAAACUAUUUCAUCAAGGUCCAUGUGGGUGGCGAUGAAUAUGUUCACCUGUGUGUCUAUAAGACGCUGCCUCAUGAUGGAGAAAAACUGGAACUUGUUGGAAUACAGACGCACAAAAAAAAAGAUGACCCCAUUGAAUACUUCCCUCCUGAACAUGCGCUCCAUUAAGAAAGAGUCACAAAUGUAUCUAAGAAGAGUUUGAACACAUUAAUUUGCUCAGAAUUCUGUGGAAAUAAAAUUGAAUUAAUUAAA